UGGACGUGGACGUGGACAUGGACAUGGACGUGGAGGUGGACUUGGACGUGGAGUGGACGUGGACGUGGACGUUGGACAUGGACGUGGAGGUGGACGUGGAGGUGGACGUGGACGUGGACGUGGAGGUGGACGUGGACGUGGACGUGGACGUGGAGGUGGACGUGGACGUGGACGUGGAGGUGGACGUGGACGUGGACGUGGACGUGGACGUGGAGAACUUGGACGUGGACAUGGACGUGAACGUGGACAUGGACGUGGACAUGGACGUGGACAUGGACGUGGACGUGGACGUGGACGUGGACAUGGACGUGGACGUGGACGUGGACGUGGACAUGGACAUGGAGGUAGACGUGGAGUGGACGUGGACGUGGACGUGGACAUGGACGUGGACGUGGACGUGGACGUUGGACAUGCACGUGGACGUGGACGUGGACGUGGACGUGGACGUGGACGUGGACGUGGACAUGGACGUUGACGUGGACGUGGACAUGGACGUGGACGUAGACGUAGACGUGGACGUGGACGUGGACAUGGACGUGGACGUGGACGUGGAGGACGUGGACGUGGACGUGGACGUGGACGUGGACGUGGAGAACUGGGACGUGGACAUGGACGUGAACGUGGACGUGGACGUGGAGAACUUGGACGUGGACAUGGACGUGAACGUGGACGUGGACGUGGACGUGGAGGACUUGGACGUGGACAUGGACUGGACGUGGACGUGGAUGUGGACGUGGAGUGGACGUGGAGUGGACGUGGACGUGGACAUGGACGUGGUUGUGGACGUGGACGUGGACGUGGACGUGGACGUGGACGUAGACGUGGACGUGGACGUGGACGUGGACGUGGGACGUAGACGUGGACGUGGACGUGGACGUGGACGUGGACGUGGGACGACUUGGACGUGGACAUGGACGUGGACGUGGAACGUGGACAUGGACGUGGACGGGGACGUGGACGUGGACGUGGACGUGGACAUGGACGUGGACGUGGACGUGGACAUGGACGUGGACCUGGACAUGGACGUGGACCUGGACGUGGACAUGGACGUGGACGUGGACAUGGUCGUGGACGUGGACGUGGACGUGGACGUGGACGUGGACAUGGACGUGGACGUGAACAAGACGUGGACAUGGACGUGGACCGUGGACGUGGAGGACUUGGACGUGGAGAUGGACGUUGACGUGGACGUGGACGUGGACGGGACAUGGACGUGGACGUGGACAUGGACGUGGACGUGGACGUGGACAUGGACGUGGACAUGUACGUGGACGUCGACGUGGAGUGGACGUGGACGUGGAGAACUGGACGUGGACAUGGACGUGGGACAUGGACGUGGACGUGGACGUGGACGUGGACGUGUGGACUGGGACGUGGACGUGGACAUGGACGUGGACGUGGACGUGGACGUGGACUGGGACGUGGACGUGGACGUGGACGUCGUGGACGUGGACGUGGACUUGGACGUGGACGUGGAGUGGACGUGGACGUGGACGUGGACUGGGACGUGGACGUGGACGUGGAGGUGGACGUUGAGUGGACGUGGACGUGGACGUGGACGUGGACGUAGAGUGGACGUGGACGUGGGACGUGGACGUGGCGUGGACGUGUACGUGGACGUGGACGUGGACGUGGACGUGGACGUGGACGUGUGGACGUGGACGUGGACGUGGACGUGGACGUGGACAUGGACGUGGACGUGGACGUGGACUGUGGACGUGGAAUGGACGUGGACGUGGACAUGGACAUGGACGUGGAGGUGGACGUGGACGUGGAGUGGACGUGGACGUGGACGUGGACAUGGACGUGGAGGUGGACGUGGAGGUGGACGUGGCGUGGACGUGGAGGUGGACGUGGACGUGGACGUGGACGUAGAGGUUGGACGUGGACGUGUGGACGUGGACGUGGAGAACUUGGACGUAGACAUGGACGUGAACGUGGACAUGGACGUGGACAUGGACGGUAGACGUGGAGUGGACGUGGACGUGGACGUGGACGUGGACAUGGACGUGGACGUGGACGUGGACGUGGACGUGGACGUGGACGUGGACGUGGACAUGGACGUGGGCGUGGACGUGGACGUGGACAUGGACAUGGACGUAGACGUAGACGUGGACGUGGACGUGGACAUGGACGUGGACGUGGAGAACUUGGACGUGGACAUGGACGUGAACGUGGACGUGGACGUGGACGUGGACGUGGACGUGGACGUGGACAUGGAGGUGGACGUGGACAUGGAGGUGGACGUGGACGUGGACAUGUACGUGGACGUGGACAUGUACGUGGACGUCGACGUGGAAGUGGACGUGGACGUGGAGAACUUGGACGUGGACAUGGACGUGGACAUGGACGUGGACGUGGAUGUGGACGAAGACAUGGUCGUGGAUGUGGACGUGGACGUGGACGUGGACGUGGACAUGGACUUAGACGUGGACGUGGACGGGACGUGGACGUGGUCGUGGACGUGGUCGUGGACAUGGACGUGGACGUGGACAUGGACGUGGACGUAG